CCCUCAGACGCAGCCAUGAAAUCUGUGCUGGAUGGUGUGGCGGACACCACCUUCCGGACUAUUACAUCUGGUUUACAGUAUUUGGGCUCCAAUGACGCUAACUAUGAGGACCCCCUCAAUGAUGUAGACUUCAAGGCGGGUUUCUCUCUGCAGAAGCCCUUGUCUGCUUUCCGCAGCAACUCUUUCCCGAACAAAGUACCUGCAGACGAGGAGCUCAUCCUCAAGGGCAUCCCCUUCUUCCCCACCAAUGCCACAGACUUGUUUGGCAACAGGAGCACAUUCAGAGAUGAGACUAACACUAUACAAUGUGGGGAGAACUUUAUGGACAUGGAGUGUUUCAUGAUCCUGACCCCCAGCCAGCAGCUGGCCGUGGCAGUGAUGUCUCUGACUCUGGGUACCUUCACGGUGCUGGAGAACCUGGUGGUGCUCUGCGUCAUCUUCCAGUCCCGCACCCUCCGCUGCCGACCCUCCUACCACUUCAUAGGUAGUCUGGCUGUGGCUGAUCUGCUGGGAAGUGUCAUAUUUGUCUACAGCUUUCUGGACUUCCAUGUUUUCCACAGGAAGGACAGCCCCAAUGUUUUUCUCUUCAAGCUGGGUGGAGUCACGGCGUCGUUCACUGCAUCUGUGGGGAGCCUAUUCCUCACUGCUAUUGACCGCUACAUCUCCAUACACCGGCCUCUCGCCUAUAGGCGCAUCGUGACACGGACCAAGGCUGUCAUUGCCUUUUGUGUGAUGUGGACCAUCUCCAUUGUCAUUGCAGUGCUACCUCUGCUGGGCUGGAACUGUAAACGUCUCAAUUCGAUUUGCUCAGACAUAUUCCCUUUAAUAGAUGUGAACUACCUGUUGUUCUGGAUCGGUGUAACCAGCGUGCUGGUUCUUUUCAUCAUCUACGCCUACAUAUACAUCCUCUGGAAAGCACACCAUCACGCUGUGCGCAUGCUCAGCCGCACCUCCCAGAAGAGCCUUGUUGUUUACUCAGCAGAUGGGACUAAAGUGCAGACCACACGCCCUGAGCAGACGCGCAUGGACAUCCGUCUGGCCAAGACCCUAGUGCUCAUCCUGGCAGUGCUGGUCAUCUGCUGGGGCCCAGUGCUGGCCAUCAUGGUCUAUGACCUCUUCUGGAGGAUGGGCGAUGACUUCAAGACAGUAUUUGCAUUCUGCAGCAUGCUGUGUCUGCUCAACUCCACUGUCAAUCCAAUCAUCUACGCCUUGAGGAGCAAGGACAUGCGGCACGCCUUGCUCACCUCCUGCCAUGCCUGCAGGGGCAGUGUGCAGCAGUUGGACAAUAGCCUUGAGUCAGACUGCCAGAACAGAAAUGCCAACAUUUCUGCCAACAGGGCUGCAGAGAGCUGCGUGAAGACCACUGUGAAAAUAGCCAAAGUAACAAUCUCUGUGUCAACUGAAACGUCUGCAGAGGCUGUCUAA